CGCGCACUAGUUUGUCCAAUCUUGCAAUGGAAGCUGCCAUAAUAUAAAAGCCUUAUUGGCCAAACGGCCGAAGCACACAAUUCCAGUUUCCAACCGAGGCGACCCAGCAUCCACCGUGACAUGGAAUCGCACUCGCGCCGCCAGCGCCGGAGCAACGCCGCCGGGGCCACGGAGGAGGACCGGCUGAGCAGCCUCCCCGACGACCUCCUCCACUCCAUCCUCCGCGACCUCCCGCUCAAGCAGGCCGCCCGCACCAGCGCGCUCUCCCGGCGGUGGGCGCCCCAGUGGCUCCGCGCGCUCGCCGCCUCCCCGGUCAUCGACCUCACCGACCGGGACUUCGCCCGCGGCCAGACCCCGGCGCGGGCUGCCGCCACGGUGGGUCGCUGCCUCCGCCUCCAUGCCGAGCACGGCGCGCCCCUCGACGCGUUCCGCGUGGCUCUGGUGUCGCCGUCCCCAUCGGGGCUGGUGGGCGACGGCAGCGCGUUGGGACGCGACGUCGUCGGGUGGGUCGCGGCCGCCGUGGCGAGGGGCGCCAGGGAGGUGGAGGUGGACCUGGCGCCGCCGCAGCAGCAAGACGACGAUGCGGACGCGGCCACGCACGCCGAUCGCGGAAGCGCCGCAGCGCUCUGCUUGGAGCUCCCCGGCGACGUGUUCCAGACCAGGUGCUCGCUGGAGCGGCUCGCGCUGGACGGGUUCAGCCUCCGCGCCGUCCGGCUCCCCGCGGCUGGGCUGGCUGGUCUCCGCUCGCUCUCCCUCGCCCACGCCGACGUCACCGACGAGGCGGUCCGCGGCGUGCUCACCGGCUGCAGGGCGCUCGAGUCCCUCACCCUCAGGAGCUGCCCCCUCCUCACCUCGGUGACCAUCGGCAGCGAGAGGCUGCGGGUCCUGGAGCUCCUCGGUUGCCGCGCCUUGCGCGAUCUCCGGGUCGCCGCGCCGGCGCUCGAGUCGUUCGCCUUCCACGGCCGGGUCUACUUCAGCGAGGCCGACGACUACGCCGUUCCCAUCGAACUGGGCGACGACACCACCAUGACCAUGCCAGCCCUGCGGGACGCGCGCAUGUGCCACCUCGGCUUCGGCGAGUACGAGGAUCCCAACGCUCAGGAUUUCGAGUACCCCUUCUUGUACCACGUCGCGCAUGCCCGGGUCUUGACGCUUUGCUCCAUCGGCUUGCUGCUUCUUCGUGAACAGCAAACCUAUGACGAGAUGGCAUAUGCAGACCUGCCGAACCUAGAAGAGCUGCAGCUGCUGAUGGCCACCGUGGACAAUGAAGGCCUCGAGCAUGUGUCCACUUUCUUCAUGCUCACCCAACUCCCGGUCCUGCAACGGCUCUUUGUCCGUGUAAAUCUCGUGCACAAAUUAUGUUCCGUUUGUACCUCAUCUGAGAAAAUACAUGUGUUUUGGAACUGCUUAUUACCAGCUGAGAUAGUGAGAUAUGGAUUAUCCCAUCCGCAGCUCCCCAGCGAUGGAGGAAGCAGCUCGGCAGCAGCGCUGACCGACGACGACGACGCAGACAUCAUACUCAUGUUCGAGGUCGUCCUUGAGCAGCUAACUUUUAUCAAGGUUGCGAGUUUUAGGGGGACAAGGCACGAGCUGCGGCUGCUCAGGUUCUUCCUGAAGAGGGCUCCUGUCCUCGAGCAGAUGGUGCUGGUCACGGUGGAAGGAGAGGGAGCUCCGGGAGACGAGCACCUCAAGGACAUCUAUGAGCGGGUUUCGGUGUUGCAGAAGGCGUCGCGCGAGGCACGUGUUUCCGUGUGCCGGCCCAACGAAGACGACAGCCCGAAUCAUGCACACACGAUGUUCUACCGCGAGGAGUAAUAUAACCGACACUGUAUGUAUGGUGUUUUAGGCUUGUAAUCAUAAAGAAUUAAAGAUAAUAUGUGGAGGCCUCGAGGGCUUUGAGGCGAAAAUAUUAAAUCACAGGAUAUCAACUUAUUUGUUGUCGAGA